CUAUGGCGAUCAUUUCUAGUUUUAUUUUAACGUUAGUAAUCGGUCAGCUGGUGCCGAACAUCAUGUGCCGAGCUGUGAACGGUCGGCAUACGAACAAGGAAAGCGCAAUUCAUUUAAACAGUGUUCAGUUUCCUCUAAAUUCGUACAUUUCUGAUGAAUACAGUUUAAGCAAACCAAACGAACUGAUCCUGGAGUCGUACGACGUGGCUCACUGGAACAAGAGUCUAUUUGAAGUAUUCGCUCAUACAAGAUUUCUAACGCUAAUGUAUGGAAAUGUGCCAAAUAUGACAUUCCACUCGUAUCACUUAGAAACGUUGUUGGUUAUACAGACGAAUCUAACAACUUUUGAAGUGGUUGCUGAAGAAAACGAAGCACUUCGAAUACUGCAAUUAGUUAGAAAUAAAUUGCGUAACUUAUCCGGUGCUCUGAAGUUUCUCGUUGGACUGAAUACUUUAGAUGUCUCUCAGAACCAACUGACACAUAUUGAUUUGGAUUUGUUUUCAACUAUGAGGAAAUUGAAAAAUUUGGACCUAUCGGUAAACAACAUCGCUUCGAUUGAUGCAUCCGCGAAUUUGCGUUUCGCCAAACUGAAGAAUCUUUGGAUCAGCUACAAUCAGCUGGAGCGGUUCGAUGCUUUCCCGAGAUCCUUUCCACGUCUGAAAACGGUACGACUGAUCGGGAAUCGGUGGAGUUGCUUGUGGGUAGAUCGCGCUCGGAAGGAUAUCAUGGAGCGCCGAAUUGUCGCUGUUGGUAUCGAUUACGGCUGCAGUGAGUCUCGUCAGGGUGGAUUGUGCUGUUACAGCUCAACGGUGGACACAACGGCUAGCAUCAUCAGUCUGUUGACGGAAACACCGCUACUGGAAGCGAUUCAACAGCUAACGAAUCAGCUGCGCGAGAAUCCACUGAACAUAUCUUCCGGGGACCCAUCGUUGGAGCUGCUGACGAAAAAUGGCGAAGGUGAUUCGGGGAAAAUAUUGGUGGGAGUUCGGAGGGAUAAGGUGGACGUGUUUUUUUGAUUCAUAUAAGAUGAAAGUACCGUAAUUUUAUUUUA